AUGUCGCAAAGUGAGCGUGUUACGGAUUUAAUCAUGCAUUACUACAUGGAACACGGCCGCAACAGGGAUCUGGAAAAGUAUCUACGCUUGCGACGCAUGUCGAACGCAACGCGUUCUUCCAGCGAUGGUAGUCUUCCGUGUUUGGAUGAAUUGCAGCGCCGUGCGUGCCGCUCUGCAUGCGAUCGGUCCGGUGUUGGAAAGUCGAUGGAAAAUUUGUCCACACUACGGAAAAAAGCGGAACAGCAAAAGCUCGACGAAAGUGAAAAAUCACUCCGCAAUGCAUCGGCAGAAAGUGCUAAAUCUGAAGCGAACAAAUCAUCCGACAAAGUAGGCACUGAUGCAGGAGGUACCUCGGUCGCAAAGGGCGUUACAGUGAAGGAGACAAAAGUGGAACACAAGAGUGGGAGAAACUUCAACUUUAAUCUCGAAUCGGUCAUAGAAAUUAAUCUUCCUCCACCACCUACCAUCACGUUGGGUGUACCGACUUCGUCUACGGCGCCAGCGAUUACUUACAUCCAACCGGAACCGCUUCCGCAGGUACAGUCGGUGAUGAAACAAUUGUCACCACGGAUUGUUGUUCAUGAAAAUAGUACCCAAACGGUGGCCUCUGAAGAUGAUCCCAUUCGACCGGUGGUGAAAACGCACAUUCCCGGCAAUGUAGAGGAACCGCUGGACAGCACGAAAGAUCUGUCACCCGUCAGUAGCAUCGCAUCGAACAAGCAGAAACUGGAAUGGGAUUCGUUGGGUGACAUUGGGUAUGAUUCGAGUGAACGGCUACAAUUCUGUGGUGCAGCUGAUCUAAACGAAACGGAAAAGCGUUGCCUUCAGCGAUACUUUGCCCGUAAAGGACUCCAAUUCGAUCGAAGCGUCAUUGUCGUACGGCAAAGGGACGAAAAGGAGAAGAAACCGACCCGUACUGGAGAGGAUACAUCGAUUAUGCGAACCAAGCCGGAUGCGCAAAGUACGCCAAAACUUCAACCAGUGCCAUUGCCAUUGCCGCAGGAAGAACGAGAAGAAGCGAAGUCCACCCAAACGUCGCUUCAAACGCGAGGGCGAGAAUCACGGGGCAUCCAGGUAUCGCGACGAAAUGAGGAAUUAUACUCCCGUCAGGACAAAGGCAUCGGUACAACCGACAGCUACACGAUGGCCUCGGUAGAUGCGGCGGAAAGUUUCGAAUUCUUUUCACCCUCGGUUCCGGAAACGGAAAAUAACACCCCAUCGGUAGCUGCUUCCGUUUCCACGCCGGUGCAUACAUCAUCGAACACUUCCUCGUCCGCUGCGAAUGAGGCCAGCACAAGUAAUCGAGCAAUGAGGCCUUCGUUUGACGACGAGGUAAAACUCGGACUAACGCUGUACAAUUCAAUCUGUGAGCUAAACAGCAUGCCAACAGGUGUGAAGGAAAGUUUGAUCGAUAAAAUAUUUCGAAAGCUGUCCCGACACGAUCCGAAGGGGAGAACGCGGCAACAGUUGCUCCACGACUACGGGCAGGCUGUUAGGAAGCGGGCGGCGAGACAGGAUGAAGGUGGCAGUUCGAAGGAAAAGGAAGAGAGCAACGUGUAUGAUGAUGUGAGUCCUUGCACCGAAAAGGACGACUCGGAGAUUGGCAAUGGCAGUGCUCAGCUGGAUCGAAGUAUGGACAUGGUAGAGGUCAUUGAAGAGACGAAAGAUCCGACCACCAUUCCCGGGAGCGAAAGCGUUUCUGAAGGAUCUGUGCAAGCGUCUACUUCCGGAGCGAAUGAGGGAAAAAACGAACUUCAAAUGAGUUCCUCAGCUGGGAUCGUUUCGCUUGAGAAUUCGUCGCACCGUACCGUUUCUUCGCAACCCGUAUCGGCCGGAACGACAAAAGAAAACCUUCCCCGAAAGAUGUCCGCUCCGGAGCCACGGGAUCGACGCGUGCGGAAAGCUAUGCAGGAAUAUCUUAAACCCAUGACGCACUCGGAAGUAGAAUACGAGAACUUUCGUCAGCUACGGCAGCUCAACGAAGAACGUGCCAAUGAUCCACAGCUGGCUAAGAUCGAUCGAGAGAUUGAACAGCUGCUGGUGAAGAAAAUGUUACUGCUCAACGUGGGGACGACUGCCACGGCGGGGCCAACAUUGCCGUUGCAAGAUAUGGCGCCUGCGCCUCCCAUUCCUUUGCCUAUUCCCAGUGAACGUAGUGGAACGGUGUACACUUCGGUACACGAACCAAUUUCAGUCGAGAGCAGCUCCAAAGACAGCAGCUCUGGUUGGAAUUCACACUAUCAUAUGGCGAAGGUGAUUAAAAAUCGGUCCAAGCUUGAAACACCCACGUCGACCCCAUCGGACGUGAGCAUUCCAACGUUCAUUAAGCAAAAAAAGGACAAAUUUGUCGAGAACUACGAUCAGGUUCGUACACGCAGAGCGUUUGAAGAGCAGAAUCACAUUUACACCCGGCCGUACAGCAGCGGUGGUCACCGGAGUGGCGAUAGAAGACACCAUCAGCACGAGAAGGAGAAUCAUGCCUUCCGUAAGGAUAGAUAUGCGUUAAACAAGCUAUCGAAGGGAACGGCCACCGAGUGCAGGGCAAUAUCGUCCUCUAACAAUACGAUACCUUCGCCGGAAUUUAUAUCGUCCGAUUCGAUAUCGAUACCGGUCGUUACGACGCUUACAAACACUACCACAACGCACCAUUACGAUAUUAAAUCCAGAAUGCCGUCACCGCAACUGACAGCCAAAGGACGCACGGCAGGCACGCAGACAACGGAUUCUAUCCUGCGCACCAAGCCGAUUUUUGGAGAAGCGAAACAAAAACCCACCUCCGUAACAGCAGCCGUGCAGGUUCCAUCAGCUGGUGGCAGAAAUAUGGCAGCGGGACAUUUACCGGUGGGCGAAUGUAGCUGUUCUUGUAGCAAACGUGACCAGAAGCGUGUCGAUCAUGGAACUGAUCACCAGGAAGUUCCUAGACGAACGGAAAUUAUUAACGGAGGACGUCUGGACAAGCAGGCGCAAACGAAACCAUCAUCGAUUGCGUACGUUAUUACGUUCGCCGGUACAACAACGGACGGAAAGAAAGGCCACCAGUCAUCUCCGGUGGGCGUAAAACCAUUAUCAUCAUCAUCAUCAUCUUCUCAUAGUAUUACCGAAAGCGAACCUGAAAAUGGGAAGGAUUAUGAGUCGGAAAAGAUGCUCACACUGCGGGAACAGUUUCGUCGAUCGUGUCCAGCCACCUUGAGCCGGAUCGAGGAACGACGCCUGUGUAUAAGUGAACUAAACAAGCUACGCAGUAAACGCAACCAGCAACGCCAACGGUUGUUACUGCUUACGUCGGACGAUUCUUUGCGAAGAACGACCGCACAGGGCAGGAGUCAGCUGCCGCCGCCACCCUUGAGUCAGCGACGUGUGUUUGCAUCGACACAUGCCAUCCGAGAGAAUACACGCCGGAAGGUUCGCAAAUUGCCAGAAGUGCAACGGAAGAAGGAAGUCGAGCGGAUUAACAAUUUGAAGCGCAAAAAUCGUAUUCUUAAGGAUGUCUACAAUAAGAAUCUGCAACGUAAAGUGCUCAAGGGGCAAGUUGACCUAUCGAACAGUGUUCGUGUAAUUCAGGACUAG